GUGGCUGAGGGGCACAAAGGACUCUGUGUCAUGGCCACUCUUAUGGGGAGAGACCCACCAUGGACGGUGCCUCCCUCUGGAACUUCUGGGUGAGGGCCAGGCCAGGCAGGGUACAGGAGGAGCCCAGAAGCCUUAGGAGGCUGAGGAGGGUGCGGCUUGGGCUCUGUCCCUUCUGAGGACAACGUCCAGUGGCCCCGGGCAUUACAGUGGCAGGUGUUGGCGCGGAAGAUGGCUGGCGGCGUGGACGGCCCCAUCGGGAUCCCUUUCCCGGACCAUAGCAGCGACAUCCUGAGCGGCCUGAACGAGCAGCGGACGCAGGGGUUGCUGUGCGACGUGGUGAUCCUGGUGGAGGGCCGCGAGUUCCCCACGCACCGCUCGGUGCUGGCCGCCGCCAGCCAGUACUUCAAGAAGCUAUUCACAUCGGGCGCUGUCGUGGACCAGCAGAACGUGUACGAGAUCGAUUUUGUGAGCGCCGAGGCGCUGACGGCGCUCAUGGACUUCGCCUACACGGCCACGCUCACGGUCAGCACGGCCAAUGUGGGCGACAUCCUGAGUGCAGCGCGGCUGCUGGAGAUCCCAGCCGUGAGCCACGUGUGCGCAGACCUGCUAGAGCGCCAGAUCCUGGCUGCCGAUGACGCUGGUGACACGGGCCAGCCUGACGGGGUGGGACCCACUGACCAGCGCAACCUGCUGCGUGCCAAGGAGUACCUGGAGUUCUUCCGCAGCAACCCCAUGAACAGCCUGCCCCCUGCUGCCUUUUCGUGGUCCAGUUUAGGGGGCCCUGACGAUGACCUGGAUGCCACCAAGGAUGCUGUGGCUGCCGCUGUGGCCGCCGCGGCUGCGGGCGACUGCAAUGGCUUGGACUUCUACGGCCCGGGGCCCCCGGCCGAGCGUCCCCCCACAGUUGAUGGGGAUGAGGGUGACAGCACCUCAGGGCUGUGGCCCGAGCGGGACGAGGACACCCAGGCCGGAGGGCUCUUCCCACCGCCUGCCGCCCCACCGGCCGCCACACAGAAUGGCCACUAUGGCCGUGCAGGGCCUGGGGAAGAGGAGGCGACAUCACUGUCAGAGGCAGCCCCUGAGCCUGGUGACUCCCCGGGCUUCCUGUCAGGCGCAGCUGAGGGCGAGGACGGUGACACGGCCGACGUGGAUGGGCUGGCAGCCAGCACGCUGCUGCAGCAGAUGAUGUCGUCGGUGAGCCGGGCAGGGGACAGCGACGAGGAGUCCCGUGCGGACGACAAGGGUGUCAUGGACUACUAUCUGAAGUACUUUAGCAGUGCUCAUGAGGGUGACGUGUACCCAGCUUGGUCACAGAAGGGAGAGAAGAAGAUCCGGGCCAAGGCCUUCCAGAAGUGUCCCAUCUGCGAGAAGGUGAUCCAGGGCGCAGGCAAGUUGCCCCGCCACAUACGCACACACACAGGAGAGAAGCCCUACGAGUGCAACAUCUGCAAGGUUCGCUUCACCAGGCAGGACAAGCUGAAGGUGCACAUGAGGAAGCACACGGGGGAGAAGCCGUACCUGUGUCAGCAGUGUGGUGCGGCCUUCGCGCACAACUACGACCUGAAGAACCACAUGCGUGUGCACACGGGGCUGCGGCCGUACCAGUGCGACAGCUGCUGCAAGACCUUCGUGCGCUCCGAUCACCUGCACAGACACCUCAAGAAGGGACAUGGUCCCACCCGCUCCCACGCCCUCGCCCCGUCCGCGUGGGGUCCCACCCCGGAGGUCCCCCGCCUGCUCCUGGCUAAGCUGACCUUCCUUGAGGGUGCUCCAGCGGACCUCCUGGGUGGGCGGCCAGGGAGUGCUGCUGCCGUGACAGGCACAACAGCAGCCUUGCGGUACAGGCGGACCCCAGGCUGGCUGUUCAGGGACUCCUGGAUAUCCACAGUGCAAGUAGCAGGGAUUGAUGGCCCCUACCACGGUGCUGUCCCCAUCUGGGCUCCAUUGACCUUAUCAGGCCUAGGGGGCCGGAAACCUCAGCUGGCUGUGGACAACUUCCUGUCCGUAGGAGGAAGACUCACUCACACUGAGGUUGUCAGUAUCCAGAUGGCACUGUGUCCUCGAGCGGCCCACCCGCUCAUCCACAUGGGUCCCUCUGAGCACAAUGCCCUCACACUGCCUGCACUCUGCGGGUCUGUCUGA